AUGUCAUUCGCCGUAUCUCACCUAAUCAUCAACCUUCACGUCGCAUCACAUCAUAUUAAGUUGAUCAAGAAACGAUUCAAAUCUUUACAUACCUCAGACGAAGUUGUUCCGCAUGCACAGCAGCCUACCUCAGCCUCGAUCAAAAAGCAAACGAACUUUAACUUUUCACGCGUAUAUGAUCGACUGAAAGAGGAGCAUCGGAUAUCAUUGACCGGAACUUUCGACUUAGGCCAGGCGGCCUAUCCCUACAACAACGAUAUGGCGGAAAAUGACACAACGCGUUUUCGAGGGGAGGAACAAGGCGAUAUACAAAGCUUAGACUCGGAAAGGGACAAAGAUACUCGAAUGGACGACCCAAAACCUGCCAAUGAGCAGUCACCGCUUUUGUCCCCGUCAGAGUCGGAGGAAGAAGAAGGUCUCAUGAACGGCGGCAACAUAUUAAAUCACGAACACGAUACUUUUUCGGAAACAAAGGGAAUAUGGUAUAUGAUACUUUUGACCCUCAGUAUAGGUGGUUUACAAGUCGCUUGGGGAGUGGAACUAUCCAAUGGAACUCCAUAUCUUUUAUCAUUGGGUCUGAGCAAGUCCUUGAUGGCUUUAGUAUGGAUCGCAGGUCCAAUGUCAGGGGCUUUGGUUCAACCAUAUAUUGGUAUAUUAAGUGAUAGAUGUCGUUCACCAUGGGGUAAAAGACGACCUUUCAUGGCUGUAGGUACCGCGGCUACCGUCCUUUCUUUAGUUUUCUUGGCUUGGGUAAGAGAGAUAGUUGGAGGAUUUCUAGGCCUGUUUGGUGCAGAUAAAGGAUCAGAAGGCGUCAAAGUUACAAUUAUCGUUGUUGCUGUUCUACUAGUUUAUAUUCUAGAUUUUGCUAUAGCUACAGUACAAGCUGCCAUUAGAGCGUACAUUCUCGAUUGUGCCCCAAGUCAUCAACAAGAAACUGCAAAUUCGUUCGCUAGCCGCGUCAUAGGUAUUGGUAACAUUGUUGCAUACCUCGCUGGUUAUAUUGACCUAACAAAGUAUUUAUGGUUCUUCGGAAAUACGCAAUUUAAAAUUCUAUCUUUGGUGGCUUGCGUGGCUCUUUCUACGACUGUCAUCAUAAGCAGUGUCACCAUCAAAGAACGUGAUCCAAGUAAUGAACCAAUUCCAGCCGAAGCGAAGUCGGGACUUCUAGCAUUUUUUAAGCAAGUCUUCAAAUCUAUCCGGCGUUUACCUCCUUUGACUCGCCAAGUUUGUGAAGUGGAAUUCUUUGCUUGGAUUGGUUUCUUCCCUCAACUCUUUUAUUCGAGCUCUUAUGUUGGCGAUAUUUAUGUUCAGCCAUAUCUGAGAGCGAAUCCCAACAUGACUCCAGCAGAGAUCGAUAAGCUUUACGAAAAAGCUACCCGUGUUGGGACUUUUGCUCUUUUGAUGUACGCUAUUACAUCAUUGUCCGUCAACGUUAUUUUGCCGUUCUUCAUCACUCCAUCCUACGAUACACCCUCGUCCAGUGCAUCUAUAUACUCUCACAAGAGUUAUACAACACGUUUCUCACGCUUCAUGGAAAAUCUCGCCAUUCCUGGUUUGAAUCUUCGUCGUGCAUGGCUCAUAAGUCAUCUGCUAUUCGCAGCAUGCAUGUUCUCAACUCUUAUCGUACGAUCGAUUGCAGGAGCUACGGUUUUGAUAGCUUUAGUUGGUGUAUCAUGGGCUAUGACAUUAUGGGCCCCAUUCGCUAUUAUUAGUGCCGAAGUCAGUAAACGUGAUGCUGUGCGUAGAGCACGACAACAAUCAAUGGUUGGUGAGGACGAUUUGGAUGAAGAUCAAGCUGGCAUCAUCCUAGGUAUCCACAACAUGUCGGUAGCCGCCCCUCAAAUCAUCGCUACACUCGGUAGCAGUGUAAUCUUCAAAUUUAUGCAAAAGCCACGUGGAAUACCUGGAGAUAGAAGUUUCGCUGUUGUUAUGGCUGCAGGAGGUUUCAGUACUUUAUUUGCCGCCUACCUAACUAGUAGAAUUAAAGAUGAAAUCGAGAUUCCAGGGGAAGAAAAUAGAAAUAGGGAAAGGAGCAGAAGUAGGACGAGACUUAGUAGGAGAAGUACAGAGACUCCGCUCAUUAUGGCUAGUGGAUGA